AUGAAAGGCACAACUAAGAGAUCGGAUUUAUACGAGAGGGUGUCUGGCUGCUUUGAACAUCUGAAACUCCCCUGGAGUAAACUGGCAAAUGUAAUCACAGAUGGAUCACCAAAUUUAACUGGGGAAAAUGUAGGAUUUUUAAAAAGAAUUCAGGACAAAGUAAAGGAAGACGACCCUGAUAAAGAGAUGAUUUUUCUGCAUCGUAUUAUACAUCAGGAGCCCCUCUGCAAAAAUGUCCUGGACAUUGAUCAUGUUGUUCACAUAGUAGUGAAAAUAGUGAACUACAUAAGAGCGAGAGGACUUAAUCAUCGGCAAGUCAUUUCCUUUCUUGAAGACACUGACACCAAACACCAAGACUUACUUUACCUUACAAAUGUCUGCUGGCUCAGCCUAGGAAAGAUAGUGUGGGAGCUCAGAGAUGAAAUUUGCACUUUUCUGGAGAUGCAGGAGAAAGAAAAUGAUUUCCUUGAAUUAAAGAAUUCAAACUGGGUGUGUGACCUCACUUUUGUUGUGGAUAUCUUGGCACAUUUAAAUGAACUUAAUGUGAAGUUGCAAGGAAAGAAUGUGUUUGUACACGAAUUGUAUUCUAAUGUGACAGCUUUCAAAGUCAAGUUAGUCUUGUUUUCAAAACAAAUUAAGGACAAAGUGUUCGCUCCCUUUCCAACACUGAAAUACUUGGAGGUGUCGCCAAAGCAGACAGAAAAGUACAGCAAAACGUUGAGUGACUUGCAUGAAGAAUUUUCUCGUCAAUUCUCUGACUUUGAGAAGAUAGAGAGGACACUGGAGCUGGUGUCAUACCCACCAUGGAUUUGA